AUGAGCACGCAUUAUUCCAAACCCGUUCUUGUUCGGUCGGUCCAGAGCAUCCAGGCGGCAGACCUGCUGCCGGCCAACGCAGGGCGGGCGUCGCGGGUGCACGCGCUGAUCAACGCACUAGGGCUGAAGGACAGCGUGCAGAUUGAGGCGGCGCGGGCGGCUACGGACGAAGAGCUGUGCAUGUUCCACUCGGCAGAGUACGUGCGCGCCGUAUGCUACGCUGGCAGCGAUGAGAGCGACUUUGGACUUGUGCAUGGCUGCAGCAGGUUUGUCGGUAUGGCCUCGCACGUGCGCUACGCAGCAGGCGGCACCCUGGUGGCUGCCGAAGCGCUAAUCACAGGGCGCACGCGCACCGCAUUGCACUGGGAGGGCGGGCGACACCACGGACGGCGCGCACGGGCCGCCGGGUUCUGCUACAUCAACGACGCAGUCUUGGGCAUCCUGCGGCUGCAACAACGGUUUAGCCGCAUUCUCUACAUUGACCUGGAUCUGCACCACGGUGACGGCGUGCAGCUGGCGUUCGAGCAUAGUGCUAGGGUGACAACGCUCUCAUUGCACCAUGCCUCGCGCGGGUUCUACCCGGGCACCGGGCUUGCGUGCGUUGAGGGCCGUGGCCGCGGACAGCGCAGAAGCAUUAAUGUGAAUCUGCAGCCUGGCGCCAGAGAUGGGACGUUUACUGGGGCGUAUUCUGCGGUUGGCGAGCUGGUCGUGGAGCGGUUUGCGCCGGACGCCGUGGUGCUGCAGUGCGGGUGCGAUGGGCUGGCCGGCGAUCCGCACAAGGUGUUUAAUCUGACGACCGACGCCUACGCUGAGUGCCUCAGGGUGGCUAUGGCGUGGGCAAGGCCCUUGCUGGUGUUGGGUGGCGGGGGGUACAGCCACUCGGACUGCGCCAGGUGCUGGGCGCGGCUCACUGCGGUGGCAUGCGGCAGAGGUAGUGAUGUGCCGGCGGACGUGCCUGAGCAUGAGUUUUUGGGCGAGUACGGACCCGGGUUUGAAAUGGCGGUCGAUGCGAUGCGCGUGGCUGACGAGAACUCGGCUGAAUCGGUGCGCGCCAUCGUGGACGCAAUCGCCGGGCAGCUCGGAUGA